UUGAUAAAUAAUGGCGAGGAGAAUUAGCGCUCCAAGUCUAGCACGUUUUAAAGAAAAUGAAGAAUCAGCUGGAGAUGAAAAAAAAUCUUCAUCUUGGCUAGUAUGUAAUGCUAAUGGAUGUUAUCGACUUGGUAGCAAACCCAGGACGAGAUCAAUAAAUCCUCCUCCACCUGUACUUCUCUUUGGAAGGAAAGGACACCUGUGGGGAGAUGAAAAGAAGAGCAGGAGCCAUGUAGACCCCUCGGAGCACUUCUUGGCGUGGGCCAAGCCACCCCAGAAUGUGUUAGUAAUAAAGAAAGUAAUGGAUCAGGAGGUAACGAGAAGCUUCAAGGAACUUACCCGAUGGCUCUCGGAGGAGAGAAAAAUGAUUAUUUACGCUGAAGAAUCUGCUGUAGGGGAUCCUCUAGUACUCAGAGACGAAUCAUUUACAUGUGUGAAAUCAAAGAUGUGCAUUUUCAAAGAGGGCGACCAGUUGGAUGAUAAAAUCGACUUUGUCAUCUGCAUGGGAGGUGAUGGAACACUUUUGCAUGCGUCAUCUUUGUUUCAGUCCAGCUGCCCUCCUGUCAUGGCAUUUCAUCUUGGUUCUUUGGGAUUUCUUACAUCGUUUAGAUUUCAAGAUUUUCGAAAGAAAAUAACCGAUAUCUUAGAAGGUCGUGCGGGCUUAACCCUAAGAAGCAGACUUCAGUGUGACUUUAUCAAGCGUGACAAGGAAGACAAAGGCCGAACUAAAAAGACCCGUCACUUGGUAUUGAACGAGGUGGUCGUUGACCGUGGUCCUUCGUCGUACCUCACAAACUUAGAAAUAUAUUGCAAUGAUUUUCACAUCACAUCCGUACAGGGAGACGGUCUCAUCGUCUCCACUCCAACUGGCAGCACAGCUUAUGCCGUGGCUGCAGGAGCUUCGAUGGUUCACCCCAGCGUGGCUGGAAUCUUAGUUACUCCUGUCUGUCCGCACUCUCUCUCGUUCAGGCCUAUGAUCCUUCCGGCGGGAGUAGAACUCAAGAUUGUAGUAAGUCCAGAGAGCAGAAGUUCAGCUUGGACCUCAUUUGACGGAAGGCAGCGUCAAGAACUUCACGUGGGAGACAGUAUUCAAAUUACGACUUCCAUUUACCCUGUACCGUGUGUGAAUAGCGAAAAUCAGAUAAAUGACUGGUUUGUAAGUCUGGCCGAGUGUCUUCACUGGAACGUAAGACAGAGACAACGUCACCUAUCAAUAACGGAUUGCCACGUGUGAUUCUUCGCAACAACAAAUUGGCCUUCAGUGUCCACUGCAGCUUUGGUCAGAACAUAAUUUCCACCUCAACUUCAAGCUCAAUUAAAUAUUUUCGCGGAGAAGCAAUGUUUCUGCCGAUAAGUAAAUUUACGUUAGAGUGCUUCCAAGGAAUAUCGUGAUGUAUCAUUCAUCAUUAGUUACUACCAUCUUCACCGUUGUGUACAGUUUACAGUUUGUAAAAAUCUUCAACACUCUCGAGAAUUUUGACGCAUUUCUUUCCUAAGUGUUGUGAAAAAAAAAAGAAUUUCAAGUCAAAAACUGAAAGAAAACAGUCACUUUUUCGCCCGUUCAAUAAGCUUUCUAAUUAGUUAGGUAAGUAGAAUGGUAUGUAGCGUACUUAUUCUAGAGGCCUUGGACAUUAAGCCAUCGCAGGUGCAAAUUAUGAUCCCUACUGGUAGACACAGCAGUCAAAUGGCUCAGGUCAUGCUAGUGUAAAAUCCUAGUUAUAAGCCCCAGAAAUUUACACUGUAUCAAGUGGCAACUUGUAGUGACUCACUUUGAAGGGGUGGGUGGCAGUGGAAGGGGUGGCGAAGCGGCAAGCUAACAUCUAAAGGAAAAUUUGAAAACUGUGAUAGUAAUUAUAAUCUGUAACGAAACAAGAUGAGACUUUGAAAGGGGCUUAAAGUCGGGAUUCUAAAUUGUGCAGACUAAUGUAAUUUGACUGUUCUCUGCUCGAUAUUUAUGAAUGUAAAUAAUCCAUAUUCAUAACGUA